AUGGCUGUCAUCACAAGAGAGCAGACAAUCUACAUGUUUUCUUGCGAAGAAUAUACCAAAAAAAAUGUUGUCGAGUUGACCAAGAAUGCUGUCUUUAUAAAAAAAAAAGUGUGGAUAGCCAUAAAUUACUCUGAUGGGAGCAUCUUCAGUAGCCCACUUUAUCUCCACUUUUACGUUAAAUUUACCCCACCGUGUUCUUGCAGUCAAUGCAAAAAACCUUUUCAAACUCCUUCAAUCAAUUAUAUCUUGGCUAUCAGUUAUACAAGAGACUGUAUAAAAAAUAUGAUUGAUUCGAAGGAUUUCACUUUAAGAAGAGAAUGCGUCAGGUCCUUAAGAAAACCUAAAAACUGGCCCUUAGGGCACUUGCAGGAGGCAAUCAUCAAAUACAAAGCUUUGAAUUAUUUAAUGUUCAUUCAAUAUCAAAGAGCAUCCGUAGCAGUAGUAUUUUAA